AUGGAUCUCCUUGGUCCAUCAGUAUAUCAACUACUUUUAGACAAGAAAUUGGAGGGAAUGCCACUAAAAACUAUACAAAACAUUAUGAAAUCGGUUUUGAUUACGCUUGAUGACAUAAGCUCCAUUGGCGUUAUCCACAUGGAUAUCAGACCAGAAAACAUUCUUCAGUCCGCAAAUGAUCCGAAUAAGUUCAUUGUCGUUGAUUAUCAUUGCGCUGGCCUCGAGGGUCGCACCAAUCCAGUCUACGUGCAGUCGAGAUUCUACAGAGCACCGGAAGUUUUACUACGCCUUGAAUAUGGCUGUAAAAUCGAUAUCUGGUCACUUGGAGUUGCUGCAUUCGAGAUGAUGGUCGGUGUGCCACUGUUCCCUGGGAACACGGAGGUACAGAUGCUUUACAUAAUUAACAGCAUGGUUGGGCCUUUUCCGCAACAUAUGAUCGAGAAAAGCAGCAGAAGGCUUUCCUUCUUCCUUCAUGACGGGACAAUGAAAUCCGCGGAAAGACUCGCUGAAGAAAACAUGGAGAACAUCGAGGAUUGGAAGAAUUGCCUUAUUUAUAAGACAAUCGCCGAAAACAUCUUAACUUACAGAUACCCAGAUCUGAAUGAACUUCCACCUGAAGUAAGGGAGCAAAGAUUGAUGUUUAUUGACCUUUUGAUGAAAUGCGUAACAAUUGACCCCGAAAAGAGAAUUUCGGCUGCAGAGGCCCUCCGCCAUCCUUUUAUUACUUCAAAUCUUGAUAACUCUGAUUGA